GCCAACCAGACUCCCAGAAAUCAUGCUGGUGGGAUCCCAGUCCUUCUCGCCUGGAGGGCCCAACGGCAUCAUCCGGAGCCAGUCCUUUGCAGGUUUUAGCGGCCUGCAGGAGAGGAGGUCCAGAUGUAACUCCUUCAUUGAAAAUGCCUCUGCUCUCAAGAAGCCUCAGGCCAAGCUGAAGAAAAUGCACAAUUUAGGACACAAAAAUAACAACACUCCCAAAGAGCCUCAGCCGAAGAGAGUAGAGGAGGUCUACAGGGCCUUGAAAAACGGACUCGAUGAGUACCUGGAGUUUCACCAGACGGAGCUGGACAAGCUGACCACUCAGUUAAAGGAUAUGAAGAGAAACUCUCGCCUGGGUGUGCUGUAUGACCUAGACAAGCAAAUUAAAACGAUUGAGAGAUACAUGCGACGGCUGGAGUUCCACAUCAGUAAGGUAGACGAGCUUUAUGAAGCCUAUUGUAUCCAACGGCGCCUCCAAGAUGGUGCCAGCAAAAUGAAGCAAGCAUUCGCGGCGUCCCCCGCCAGCAAGGCUGCCCGGGAGAGUCUGUCGGAGAUUAACCGCAGCUACAAGGAGUACACAGAGAACAUGUGCACCAUUGAAGCGGAGCUGGAGAGUCUGCUGGGAGAAUUCUCCGUCAAGAUGAAAGGUCUGGCUGGCUUUGCUCGCCUCUGUCCUGGAGACCAAUAUGAAAUUUUCAUGAAGUAUGGCCGGCAGAGGUGGAAACUGAAGGGCAAAAUAGAAGUGAACGGUAAACAGAGCUGGGAUGGAGAAGAAACGGUCUUCUUGCCCCUCAUAGUUGGGCUCAUUUCCAUCAAGGUCACAGAACUCAAAGGACUGGCAACUCACAUCCUGGUGGGCAGUGUGACCUGUGAGACCAAAGAACUGUUUGCAGCCCGCCCCCAGGUGGUGGCUGUUGACAUCAAUGACCUCGGCACCAUCAAGCUGAACCUGGAAAUCACCUGGUACCCCUUUGAUGUGGAGGACACAACCCCAUCGUCGGGCCCCGGGAACAAGACAGCCGCUCUCCAGCGGAGGAUGUCCAUGUACAGCCAAGGCACCCCAGAAACACCUACCUUCAAAGACCACUCCUUCUUCUCGAAUCUACCAGAUGACAUCUUCGAAAGUGGAAAGGCAGCAGAGGGGAAAAGGCCACUGUCCCUCAGCUUCAGUGACCUGCAGGACGGAGACUGUGUCUUCACCUCCAGCUCAGCCACCUCACCCUCCAGCUCACACUCAGCCCAUCCAGAGAUCACCAUCACCCCUGCUGAGCUCACCCGUGGCAGCCUGUCCUCACAGAAUGAGGGUACCGAGGAUAGCAGCUCAGCAUCUUCCAGGAAUUCCCUGGGGGAGGACCAGGAGCCGAAGUCCCAUGCCAAGAGUGAUAUGGUAGAGCUCAGGAAGUCCAGUGUGGCUGCAGGGUCCCGGGCAGAGAGCCUGUUCCUGGAGAAUAGUGUUGCCGAGGCUCUCCUGCAGGAAUCAGAUGAGGCCUCUGAGCUCAAGCCUGUGGAGCUGGACACUUUUGAAGGAAACAUCACAAAGCAACUAGUGAAGAGGCUCACCUCAGCCGAGGGGCCCAUCGCCACGGAGAAGCUUGUCUUUGAAGGCUCUGUCGGUAGCGAGUCUGAGGCUGGCCGGUCCUUUCUCGAUGGCAGCCUGGAAGAUGCCUUCCAUGGACUCUUCCUGGCAUUAGACCCACACAAGGAGCAGUACAAAGAGUUCCGGGAUCUGAACCAAGAAGUCACGCACUUGGAUGAUGUCCUCAAAUGCAAGCCGGCAGGCGGCCGCAGCAGAUCCUCCAGCCUCAGUCUGACGGUUGAGAGUGCGUUAGAAAGCUUUGAUUUCCUCAACACCUCUGACUUUGAUGAAGAGGAAGAGGACGGGGAUGAGGCCUGCCACGUCGGAGGAGGAGCAGACUGCGUGUUUUCAGACACUGAGACUGAGAAAACUGGUUACAGGUCAGUUCAUCCGGAAGCCAGGGGCCACCUUAGCGAAGCUCUGACUGAAGACACAGGCGUAGGGACCAGUGUGGCAGGGAGCCCGCUCCCAUUGACCACAGGAAACGAGAGUCUGGACCUCACCAUUGUCAAACAUCUACAGUACUGCACCCAGCUCGUUCAGCAAAUCGUCUUCUCCAGCAAAACCCCCUUUGUGGCACGAAGUCUGCUGGAGAAGCUAGCGAGGCAGGUCCUCGUGAUGGAGAAGCUGGCUGCAGUGAGCGACGAGAACCUGGGGAACAUCACCUCUGUGGUGGAAGCCAUCCCAGAAUUCCACAAAAAGCUGUCCUUACUGUCUUUCUGGACCAAGUGCUGCAGCCCGAUCGGGGUCUACCACAGCUCUGCCGACAGAGUGAUCAAGCAGCUGGAGGCCAGCUUCGCCCAAACUGUCAACAAAGAAUAUCCAGGACUGGCAGAACCAGUGUUUAGAACCCUGGUGUCCCAAAUCCUGGACUGCUCGGAGCCCCUGCUUUCCUCCAGCCUCUCCUCAGAAGUCAUCACUGUGUUUCAGUAUCACAGCUUCUUUACCAGCCAUGGUGUGACUGACCUGGAGACUUAUCUGAGCCAGCUGGCCAGGCAAGUUGCCAUGGUUCAGACUCUGCAGUCCCUGAGAGAUGAGAAACUGCUGCAGACCAUGAGCGACUUCACACCCAGCAGCCUCCCUGCCCAACAGGAAGUCCUCAGGACCCUGGCUCUGCUGCUCACCAGAGAUGACAAUGAGGUCAGCGAGGCUGUGACACUCUACUUGGCAGCAGCCUCCAAAAACGAGCACUUCAGGGAAAAGGCCUUGCUCUAUUAUUGUGAAGCAUUAACAAAGACCAAUCUCCAGCUACAGAAGGCAGCCUGCCUGGCACUAAAGAGCCUGGAGGCCACAGAAAGCAUUAAAAUGCUAGUGACACUGUGUCAGUCUGACACUGAAGAAAUCAGAACCGUGGCCUCGGAAACCCUCCUGUCUCUUGGAGAAGACGGGCGGCUGGCAUAUGAACAGUUAGACAAAUUCCCACGAGACUGUGUUAAAGUCGGAGGUCGUCAUGGAACCGAAGUUGCCACAGCCUUUUAAAGUUCACUUCAGCACUGCCUGACUGCUGUCCUGAUACCUGGCCCUGUCAUCAAGAGGGUGCUGUGGUGUGGCCAGACAGCCCCUGGAACUCACAGAGUGCCGCUGCUGGUGCCGGUAUAGGGAUCUCAAAGUCCAAUUGCGCUGUACCAUCUACUUUUCCUUGGCCCCCACAACAGGGCUGUGUGUAACUCACCAGACCACAUCAUAGUUGUGUCUAACAGCACUUCAACGUCCACCUUACUUUACUGUGGAAUUUGAAAAUAGCCAUUUUUGUACCCGUGUGGAAGUUCAUCUGUAAGCGUGAACUCUUCGUGCAUUGUUUGGAUAAGUAUCAUAUGCCUUGUCGCUUCCCUGCUGUGGUCUCAGGGUUGAGUGGCCCUUUAGCUACCUACUUCUACUUUAAAAACAGAGCACAAAAAGAAAGUUCUUCAAAUGAAGGUUUUCUUAGAGAACCUGACACAACGAUCAAUUAUAAGAGACUAAGUUUUGGAGCUGAGGCUGGAGCUCCCUUGGAAGAGUGCUUGCCCAGCGUGCACGAAGCUUGGGUUCAUCUCCAGCUCUGCAGAGGCUGGGUGUGCCGCUCAUGUAAGCUCAGUGCUCAAAAAAGUGGAGGAAGUAGGAUCAGAAGUUCAAGGUCAACUUCAGUUACCUAAGGAGUCCCCAGGGCAACCUGGGAUGCAGGAAGCUAUGGGGGGGGGGGGAUCCUAAGUUUUAUAUUUUAUAUCUUAAUUUUUUAUAGUUCCUACUACUUGUGUCAUUUUUUCAAUCCUGAGAAUUUCCAUAUCAUCUAUCCACAUGGUUUAAAAGAUUAAUUGAAAAAUACUGCUUAAGAUUGGACCUAUACUAUUAAAAGUAAAUGAAAAACUUGAAGCUUAUAAGCUUUUGUUCUUUAACAAAAACCAUCUUUAUCACUCUUGGUUUUUCAUUGUUGUUUGGUUUUUGUUUUAUCUUAAGAUAGUUUCCCUCUUGCAGUCCCGACUGGCCUGGAACUCAAUGUAUAGACCAGCCUGACCUUGAACUUGCAACAGUUCCCCAGCCUCUGCGUCCAGAGCUGGGAUUAGGCACACGCCACUAGGCCUGGUCCCGUAUAAUAAUUUUUUUCCCCCAAGACAAAUACAUACCCCAAAGUUGUAGGUUCAGAAAGAUGUUCUUUCAGGUGGGAACCUGGACUUUGGAUGAGUCCUAACCUGGUAGAAUAGUGGGGUACUGAAAGUGGUCCCUGCUUCUAUAAAAUUGGCCAUGAGACUAGGAAGCGCCUGGCCUUGAGAGAUGGAAACCACCCCACAGUUUCAACAGCAACUCAGAACCGGCGUGGAGAUUCAGCCAUGUACUAAGUGUGGAAGGGGUGGGUGUGCCGAGACGUGACAACAGUAUGUGUGAGUGCAAUUUGAACUGUAUUCUGGAUGUGUUUGUAUCAAAUACCAAUUAGAUAUUAGGUUCAAUAGUUACACUUUAGCAAGCCUUUAAAAGGGUUCAUUUCAUUUUAAAGUGAAAUUUGUUUGCCAGGUUUCUGGCAACAUAUUCUUUCAACUGUGAAGUUCCGCUGUACAUAUUUGUAUAUUUGUAAAUAUUAUAUAUAUGCAUAUAUCCCUCAUUUUAAAGGUACACUGUACAGUCAUAGUAUGUAUAGGCUAUAAUCUUCGUUAAAUGGUUGAAAUGUCUCUUUUAUAGAAAGUCAAAUCACAGCUAUUCCAGGGAUUUUGUUUGGUUUGUUUGAGAUUUGAAACGUUUUGACUAUUGCAUGGAUAAUUAAUUUCACGUCUUUUGUAUUCACCUCUGUGUUUUAGUUUUAGUUGGGGAAGUGCUUUUCAUUUUGUGGUAUUUGUAUUCAUCACUCUUUCCAUCAUGUAAGUCAAAAUAAAAAUUAUUUUUAAUUACUA